AUGGCGGCCGUGAGCGCGCUGCCUACGGCGAAGGGAUUUUACGGUACUAUCAAUAAUAUUUCAGAUUCUGGCUUAUUGGAGAAUCUUCCAUUUGAUGGACCACAGACGACUGCCUCUCCUGAAAGUGAUAAAUGUGUUGAUGAUAACAUUGUUUGUGAAGAAAACUGGGAAGAAGAACUGGAUCUCAUUGAUCCAUAUGCGUACAACACUGCAGGAAAUGUAUUCAGACAUCCCGUAGUGAAACAGUCAAGAGGGAAGAGCCCAGUCGACUUCACGUUUAUCCCGUCUGCAGAGCAUACCCCGUGCAUUCCUGAUUAUUAUUACCCAGAACAGCCCAUGUUUGGACAGUUUGAUGAUGCCGAUAACGAUAAUGAUGACAGCUGAAUACAAAAAGAUGACAGCAAAUAUAUAUGUCUUCAAAGAUGAAUGCUUUAAUAUGAUUCACACAGAAAUUAUUUAAAAAUUGUAUUUUUCAUGACUGAGGAAAUAUUGUGUUCCUAAUAAUAUUUUUAUGAUUUUGGUAUUUUAUGAAUCUAAAAUGGCCACCCAAUCAAGUUUGAUAUGCUUUAAAAGGAAAUCUGUUUCCAUGGCAAUCUCAGUUAUCCAGUUUUCGAUUUUUGCACUUGAUUACUAAAUGCAAUUUUUUUUUCUAUUUAUUGACAGCCAAUUUGGUUUUCCUGUCAAAUGUUCAUACUUUUCUCUUGUGCUUUAUGAUAAUUUUGAUUCAUAUUUAUUUUAAAUAACAAAAAGAACCUUGCCUAGAUAUUGGGCACAUGUAGGUACACCUUCCAGCUCUACUUGAAAUUGUUCUUUUCUUGAACCCAAAUGUCAACCUGUACACACAAGAUUGGAAAAUACACUUGUAUAACAGUAUGCGUAAAGCAGCACUGCAGAAUAAUAAAUUGAGAUCAAUUAAUUAAUUUUCAUAAAAUAAACAAGUUAUUUCUACCUACCUUACAGUUUGCAUCACAUUUAAUUUUUCGUCCAUAGUCAAUACAACAAAACUGUUAAAAUAUUCCUGUUUCUUUUGAAAAGAUAUAAUUAAAAAUUUAACAGCAGUCUUGUAAAAAUUACAAAAUGACAUUUGCACAUUUCUGACUGGCACUGUAUCAAUAUUGAGCUCUAAAUAGAUACCUCAGUCUUACUGCAUUUGAUACCUAUAAAAAGAUCUGUAUAGUGUUAUUAUCUUUUCCAAUAUGCCAGAUGACUGAUAUACCAUGUAUUUUUGGAUAAUAAAAUUUGUUUGUUUCAUUUAUAAAUAAACCAAAGUUCUCAGGGUGUAACAAGUAA